UUAUCAACCCAUGUUCCUUCAUCUCGAAUCAUGCGCAUUCAGGGCCGAGCAGAUAUUCCGCAGGUUCAAAGGUAUCCGGUGGCCUUGUGGCAAUACUUGUCGUUGUCAGUGUAGGACUUGCUAUCAUGAUAGGCAUGGCUUUGCGAUGGUGCAUUCGCAAUUUUUACCGCGAAACACGGGACACUGUGGAACUGGGGGUCACGAUACGAGAGGCUAAGCACCAGAAAGUGGCAUCGGAGGACUCGAGUCAUUCGAAUCGUUCGUCCGUGGCUCCCGAUAUCUAUGAGGGCACUUAUGCGAAUGUAUCCAUGGAUGAAAACAUAAAUGUGGACAAUAACACCGCUCGUACGCUGCCACGCCGGGGAGGCCACGAGGAGGAAGAAGGCUUGUUGGAAAGUCGUACGGCGUCGAGCAGUCGCCAUUUAAGUGUUUCGUCCGACAUCUCGUUGGGGCGGGCACCAACGUCUACCAAACCGUCUGGACCUCGGGGGCCUCGUAACUCCAUCACUUCAUCCGCAGCUCAUUCUCCUCGACGUUCUUCCAUUUUGUCUGAUCCUCGGGCGCUUCGAAAUUCCAUCGCUUCGUCCCCACCUCAAUCUCCCGGAAGCUCCUUCAUUUUGUCUGAUCCUCGGGUGCCUCGAGACUCCAUCGCUUCGUCCGCAUCUCAAUCUCCUCGAAGCUCCUUCAUUUUGUCUGAUCCUCGGGCGCUUCGAGACUCCAUCGCUUCGUCCGCAUCUCAAUCUCGAAGCUCCUUCAUUCUGUCCGAUCCUCGGUCGCACCGCAACUCCAUCUCUCCUGGACCCCUUAUUUUUUCGUCUGGAGGUGGUAGUGGCUCUUAUGCUGUUGUACCUCUCGAUGAUCAUGACAACUAAACUGCCUUUGACAUCUGUGUCUGUUCAGGCUGCUCUUUUUUGCCAACAUCCCCGCGGGGGAGAACCAUCAUGGAUUCGCAUCCCCCAUAUGCCACCACAUCUGAUGGACAUAUACACACAUAUAUAUGUUGCACAUUGUAUCACUAUCUGCACGAUUCACACCCCCAUAGACUGAUGACCCCUU